AUGAAUUCUCAACACGCUCAAGAUCAGUUUUAUGGCGGCUAUGUCAGCUCCUCCGUCAACCGCUCUCCGUCCUCCACACGACCAGGCUAUGCGACAGUCGGCCUCUCGUCUGGCAUGGGAGCUGCUCGGAGAAACCAACCCCCCUUAGAGUCCAUCGGCCAGCCCUCCUCUCUCUACGGCGAUGAUCGCUUCACUCCUUUUGAGACAGUGUCAAGAUACGACAGAGGUUCUUCGGCGCAAGGAAACCAGGCCAGCUUCAUGCUGAGCAACAGCCAGACCUGGAAUUACAAUGCCGGCGCUGCUGCUACCCUGAGCGGCCCCUUGAACGACGGCUCGCGGAUGCGCGGUGGCGGUAGUCGCCGACCCGCCUUGCACACGGAAUGGAUGUCCCCAACCGAUUCGAUGGGCGGGCAGGGCAAUCACGGAUCGCAGUAUGGGUCCAUGCACAGCGGAGGCUCGCACAUGGGGCUUCCAAACGGCGGUGGCAACGACCUCUUCGGCAUGCCCCCUCCCGGUGCUUCCCACGGGUUGAUGGGACACGACAUGCGAGGCUACCAGGACCAGAAGAAGGACUCGAGCGAUCUCAUCCCCACGGCCAUUGUUAUCAAAAACAUACCCUUCAACAUCCGCAAAGAGGUCCUGGCUGCCACCAUGCUUGAGAUGAACCUUCCCCAGCCAUACGCUUUCAAUUACCACUUCGACAAUGGCAUUUUCCGCGGUCUCGCUUUUGCCAACUUCCAGAAUGCUGCUGACACUGCCAUUGUCAUUGAGCAUAUGAAUGGCUUCGAGAUCGGCGGCCGAAAGCUUCGCGUCGAGUACAAGAAGAUGCUUCCGGAGCAUGAGCGAGAGCGUAUCGAACGUGAAAAGCGCGAGAAGCGUGGCCAGCUCGAAGAGCAACACCGCGCCCCGAGUCACCAGCCGUCCAUGACGUCCUUGUCUGGCACCACCAACGCCCGCCCCCCCGUCGAUCGCAAAGUGCCGUCGCAACAGUCGCCAGUGGGCUGGCCCGCGUCAGCUGCCCCGGGCCCCGUUGACAUGAACGAUGCAACAACUUUGAGAUACUAUGUUGAUCUCUUCGUCUUCCGAAACAAUUCGGAUCAAGAAGUGCUCAUCUUCCCGAGCGAGACGAGCCCCGAGGAGCGCCGAAUCAUUCACAUCCUUGCCCACAACCUGGGCCUCGAGCACACUUCGAUGGGCGAAGGCGAGAACCGGCAGGUCCACGUACGCAAGACCAAGUUUCCAAUGUCGACGCAUCAACCGACUGGCCACCUCCAACAGCCCGGCGUCGGCCUUCAUGAGCACCCGCGUGGACUGAGCCGUGCUGCGACCUACGACUUUGCUGAACAGUCGCGCCCGCAACACCAUCCGUCCCUCCAGUCGCUCGGCCGGACAAACCUUGCCGUUCCCGGCAGCCCGGACGGACCCCACGGCAUGAAUGGGCUGAGGGGAGUCAAGAGCUUUGCUGAUCUGCGCUCCUUCAGUCCCAGCCCUUCGCCCUCUGUUGUGAGCAACAACAAUGGCCUCAACGUCCCAUCGACCAACAACCCUGGUGGUGGCACUAUGCCCUACAUGGGCCAUUAUGGUAAUGACAGCGGCGCUUUCGGUCUCGCUACCCCCACAACGCCGGGCAGUGGCAUCAACGCCUCCAAUUCCCAGGCCGACCCGUCCCUCCUCGUCAACAGCUUGUCGUCUCUCGGCCUUGGCUCAUCAGCCUACGACGUCGGCAGCAACGACAACCUCGGCGGCCGCGCUCGGGAGACUCCGGGCGCCAUCGGUAGCCAGCGGCCCGGUGCUACCAGUGCCGGCAGUCGUGCCAAUGCUCCCGAUCGCCAGCCUCGCGGCCCCGCUAGCAACUGGGAGUCUUCAGGUGGAUUUGGCGGACGUAGCCGGACAAAUGGGCACAUGCAGAGAGGCAGCGGUACAGUAGUCCUCACUCCAAUCGCGACACUUAUGUAG